AUUGUCAAACUUACGGAACGUAUUUCAUUGUGUACUAACCAAUUUGUCGACUUAUCAAACAAUGACGUGUACGCACAUAUGACGUUAUCAGACGGCUAUGAAUGAUAUCAAAUGAGUAGGUAUGAGUACGGGGGAGCAGAAGCGUGCCGGUGGCGCCCCGCAGCGGUCGGCGGUCGCCAAUCUUGACAAUAUUGUCAACAAAACGGGAGCGUCGUUUGCUCGUACAGCCAGCGCAGCAGCAUUCACGCCGCCAACGAAACGCGGCCAGCACGUGGCGAGCUAAUAUUAUCGCGGACAGACUGCGCGCGCCGUUCCAGUAUCAAUACACAAGCCUAUUCGCGCGCAUGUCCGAUUCCAACAAACAACCAUAAAUGUUUAUUUCAAAAUUCUGUGUGAACACCAGCAAUGAGCAUCAGCCGCAAAUGGAGGGAAUAUGUGGCAGCACUCAGUGCUACUUUGAUCACGGCGGCGGCGGGCACGACAGUGGGUUGGACGUCGCCCACGCUGCCCAUCUUGAUGGCGCGCGACUCACCAAUCGAGACCACCGCCGACCAGAGCUCGUGGAUCGCCUCGCUUAUGAUCCUGUGUUCAGCCGCCAGUCCAAUACCCGCGUCAUACCUGGCCGACAGAAUAGGCACGAAGAAGACCCUGCUGCUGGCGGCGGUCCCAUACAUCAUCGGCUGGGUUUUGGUGAUGUUCGCGGGCAACAUCCCAACGAUAUACGCCUCGCGCCUCGUUUCCGGCCUGGGCUAUGGUAUCGCAUAUACCGCCGCUCCUAUGUACUUGGGGGAAAUAGCCUCCGAUGAAGUACGGGGCGCCAUGGCGACGCUCAUCACUGUUAUGUCUAAGUUCGGAAUCCUGUCACAGUACGCCAUCGGGCCAUACGUUUCGAUGCUUGGAUUGGCGAGCUUCAACAUCGCAAUACCAAUCCUGUUCGUGGUCACCUUCAGCACCAUGCCGGAAUCUCCGUACUACUUCUUGAAGCAAGGGCAGCCCGACCAGGCCGAGAGGUCGCUCAAGAAGCUCAGAGGACGACGCUACAUGAGAGGGGAAUUGGAGAGCAUGACACAUCUGGUGAAUGAAAACAUGAAAGAGAAAAGUCGAUGGAAAGAUUUGUUGAUAGUUGGCGGUAAUAGAAAAGGGCUAAUAAUUCUAUACGGCAUAUACUUCACACAACAGUUCUGUGGGAGUACCGCGAUCAUUGCCUACGCCCAGCAAAUCUUUGGGGCCGCAGACGGUGGCUUGGGGGACAAAGAGUCCUGUAUCAUAUUCGGGACAGUGCAGUUGUUAACAUCUGCAGUUUCAUCGCAGCUAGUCGAUAGGUUAGGAAGAAAGCCACUCCUCCUUAUUUCAUCAUGUGGUGUUGGUUUGACUAACAUUAUUGUAGGAGCGUAUUUCUUCAUUAAGCAUGAAAACAGUGAGUAUGUUGUAAAUUUAAAAUUCAUUCCUAUUAUUGUGAUACCAAUAUUUAUAUUUUCAUACACCAUAGGAUUAGCUACAGUGCCUUUCGCUAUUACAUCUGAAAUAUUUCCUACAAAUAUUAAAUCGAAGGCUACGUGUGCUAUACAGAUGUUCGUUGCGUUGAUGACGUUUGCUGUCACGAAGUUGUACCAAGUGGUCGCGGACAACUACGGGAACCAUGUAGCAUUUUGGGGUUUUGGGGCAUUAUCAGUGGCCGGGGUUAUAUUUAUUUUGGUGCUCCUUCCUGAAACUAAAGGCCAGUCAUUUGCAGCCAUUCAAGAAAAGCUUUAUGCAAGUGAAAAAGUUGUUUACGAAAAAAGGGAUGACCAUGUUGACAGAGUAAGAAUUAAUAUUUAAUUAAAGUCAAUCAGUUUCUACUUUUUGUGACUAAUGGUUACUAGGUAAAUUGAUCAAAAUAAUAGGUUGAAAUAUCAUUAUUUAAAAAUAUGUUUCAUUUAAAAAUUUCUUGUCACAAAACCAUACAUUUUACGAUACGAUUACCACUUUACUUUUAUUUUCGCUAAAACUUUGAUAUGAUAGACUUCACUCUUGAAGAACAAAAAGAGAAAUUAGAAGAUACUCCAUAGAUAAGGAAGUAUUUUUAAGGUAAAUUUAAGUUUAUUUUUCAGUAUUCGUCCGUUAUUCAAACCGUUUUUUAUUGAAUAAAGGUGCUCUCAGCCAGUGUGAUAUUUAAGAUAAUAUACACGGUAUAAUUAAUAAAUCUUAUACUUUUGUACGUACAAUAUAAAUAUAAGAUAAUUAAAAAAAUAGUGAGAUGAAAUAAAAUUGUAUAUACUUUCAUAAAUAGAGCACGAAAUAUUUCAAAGUAAGGACCGACCUUUAUUAAGUUAUAAUAUAAAAAAGUUUUCUAUUAGAUUAAACCGCGCUAAUUUUCCUCUGAUUUGAAUACAAAAUUAACAAAAUGAACUCGCCAAUUAUAUUUUACGGUACGUGCGGUGCACAAAUCAUAAAGUUAAGAUAACCACCACCAUCAUAUAAUAAUAAAAUCAAUGUUACUAUUCCGAAUAUAGCUUGAAUCUCUUAUUAUGCACCAACCACCAACACUUCAAAUGUACUUACGAACUUUUGUACUUAUAACAUAUACCUACUUUCUUAACAAUUAAAUUAAAUGUGUACAUUUAUACAACAAAAAUAUAACAAAAACAUACUGAGCCAAACAUGUCUCUAUCUCUAUUAGUAUAAUAUGUAUAUCAUUAGUCCUCAAACUCUUCAAUUGUAUUGUUUUAUAUUCCAUAACAAUAUACUUUCUACUAUUAUUAAAUUUAUAGGCCACUGGACGAGAAAUAGGCCCAUCUAACUAAUGGCCAACCACUAAAUUCAGUCGAUUUUGAGAUAAUUAGCGUUCACUCGAACGUACCAAAGUGUUGGUAGUGUCCAACUCAGACACAGCCUCAGCACCCUAACUGCUUAUACCGCCUCCGUUCCAUCAAGAGUAACAUUAUAAAAAUAGACGAUAGACAUACCUAUAUUUCCAAUGAAGUCUGAGGUCGGAUAUUUAAUCGUAAACGAGGUUAAUGUUGAUUUUUGAUAAGAUCUUAAGACGUGUGGCAUUAUAUAUACAAGGUUGAUAUAUGUCUGCCUACUUUACCGUCUAGAGUUUAGAACAUUGUUUCUACAUAUUUUCUGGAAACAUAUAUUCUAACGGCCUCCUUGACUAGUCGGUUAUAGAGGGCCUACCUAUGAAGCAGGAGGUCUCGGGUUCUAAUCCUGGUAAUGGCAUUUAUUUGUGUGUUUAUCGCAGAUAUUUGUUCCGGAGUUAUGGAUAUUUUCUUUUCUUUAUGAUAUAGGAGGCAAACGAGGAAACGAACCGCCUGAUGGUAAGCGAUUACCGUCGCCCAUCGCAACACCAGAGGGGUUGUAAAUGCGAUGCCAACCCUUAAGAUGGGAGUUCGCUCUUUUCUUGAAAGUUUGAAGGUCUUAUCGGUCCGGUAAUACCGCAAGGGGAGUUCUAUGUAUAUCGUCUAUUAUUAAGCUUACUGUGGGACUAGGUGGAUUUGUGUCAGAUUUACCCCUAAUAUUUAUUUAUUCGUCGGUUAAGAGUAAACCUGCUAAAUCAUAAAUAAAUUUUUGAAAUUUAUUUAUUUUUAACUUGAAUGUCUAUAAAAAUAGGUACACAUUUAUCUGUUUUCAAAAAUGAAUUUGGCAGGUUUACACUCUUAGCUAACGUAUUUAUUAUUUAUUUAUAAAUCUUUUGAUGUGUUUGGUGUUUUAACCUACGAGAACAAUUCAUCUAACAUUAAAGUGCUAUGCAGGUUAUGGCUCUGAAAUAAAAGUUAUUAUAGUCUGAUUCAUUCUCAUUUUCCUUAGGCCUUCUUGAGCCACGCUUCGAGGUCGUGUUCCGUUUUUGCUAGAGUGCGUCGACCUGCCGCAAAUAAAGAGCAACCGAGGAAGUUUUUUUAAUUCGCCUACUUUGAUUCGCUCUAUGCUGUAGGUAUUACUUUUAAUCUACACAGCACGAAUAAAUGAGAAUAAUUUAUCUUAAUGUACUGUCGACGUCAAAAAUAAGUUUACAUUUUGCGCCUUAUUACAAAGGAGUAAAGCGCAAAAGUGUAAACAUUUAUUUGACGUCGACUGUACCUAUCAUUUUUAUUUAUGAAAAAAAGAAAUAGGUUUAAUUUGGGUUCCGUGUGUUAUUGUUACAAUAGUUAUCAAUAUGCUCCGUAUAGCAUUCUUCAAAUCAAGAUUCAGUAUAACCUCUUGUGUAAACUGUUAUGCCCUUCAGAUAAUUGAUAACUUUGAUAAGCAAAUGAUUGACAGUUCAAAGACGCAUAACCUUAACUUUUACUACUUAAAAACAUUUUCACCCUUAUCAGUUAUUACUUAUUCUAAAUAACCGAUGUCUCGUGAUAUCUCGAUGUUUAAUGUCACCGGGCCUUUUUUAAGUAACACAGUUGAAUUUGUUUGGCAGUGUCAAAAAUAACCUACUACUGUAUUACUAGUACGUACGUAGCCACGACAGCGCCCCCAAUUUUAUGAAGCCAUAAGUUGCAAUUUUACAGGCUCUGUGUGCUAACGUCGGAGACAGAUCCCAUAAAUUUUGGCAUUAAACUAUAACCACAGUGAAAAAAAACUGACAAGGCAUAUUAUGUUCAUGUAUUUUAUGCCUGCAUUUUUGUGCUUACGAAAAUGUAACCUGGAAAAGUACCUACCUAAUUUACCGUAGUACCGGGUACCGUAAACCCGAUCAAAUUUAGUUUUAUUGAGUUCUUUAGUCAUAAUGCUAUUAUGCAUUGUUUGGCGGUUUAUAGUUCCUGUUAAAUUCCUGAAUAUUCACAUAAACGCUACUUAGUGAUUAUUAUUUAUGUAUUUUCAAACACAUGUGAUCAUGAAACAGAGUAAUUAUAGACAUGAGUUAUACAUGGUGUUUUUAUAUUCUGUUAACUUCGGGGUAUGGCUAAGUACAUUUAAGGAAACUGAAUGGCAAAAGUCAUUUUUUUUAUUUAUUUUUAGUAUUUUGUUUUUGUUUUUCGUAAAAUGUAUUUAAUAUCGUUGUUCUAACACGGACAUAACAUAUCAAUAACAUUUCGAAUAUCGAUCAUCCGAGAUAGUACAUGCACUUGGCAAAUGUAUAAACUUAAUUUUUAUUAAAAAAAUAUGUUAACAGGCCCUAAAGCAAGUGUACAUGGUCGUAGGGGCCUUAUUAGAUAAAAAUAAAUCAUUGAAUAUCUACAAAAUGGAGUUAAUUAGAACACCGGUUUCUUUGAGAAAGUUACUUAAUUUAGGUAAACUCAGGAAUGUCCUUGAAAGUAUCGGACUUUAAAAAUAACACUGUGUAUAAAUGUGUAACCUGUGUGUAACCCAAUGGCAUUUUUACCCACAGGUUUAAAAAUCAAUUAUAAUUUUUUUAUAAUGAACUUACCUUAUUGUUGUUUUUUAUACUACAGGUUUAUAUAAUUAUUAUUUAUACUUAUGAGUUAUUUUCUAGCUCCGCGGGAGCUUGAUCUAAAACUAGCACUAUUUGGAACGACUAUAACCAAAUGUAGGUAUAAUCAGUAUCAACUGUUGUCAUACUACUUGCAGUUGUAAAUAGUCAUCAGUGUUUCUCAAUACUUCCUAUUCUUUUUAAUUAAAACAGCGGUGGCAGCAUGGUCCCAUUUUUAUCACUUGUCACUAUGCCCCUCACUUUCGCGCUUAUAUACUUGUUAGAAGGUGACAAACAUGGUGACAAAUGAUAAAGAGCCGACCAUCUUAGUCCUACUGAUGAUAUACAAUCAAACAAACGUCAAAUAUAUGUUAACCCUUUGGCACCUUAGGUACAUUUUUGACGUCGAUUGUACUCAUUGCAUUAACUUGCCUACAAUAUGCUUGUGUUCUCGAUAUGCCUGUCUAUUCACUAUUCGGACAGAGUGGGCAAAUUUCGAACACAGGAAAAACUCUAAGAAAAUCCAAACUGUAAAUAGUUAAUCAGUUUCAUUUUAUUUAUUAAUAAAUUUUGGACAUAUAAAUAUAAAUAAUAAUAAAUAAAUAAUAAAUAUUAUAGGACAUUAUUACACAAAUUGACUAAGUCCCACAGUAAGCUCAAUAAGGCUUGUGUUGAGGGUACUUAGACAACGAUAUAUAUAAUAUAUAAAUACUUAAAUACAUAGAAAACACCCAUGACUCAGGAACAAAUAUCCAUGCUCAUCACACGAAUAAAUGCCCUUACCAGGAUUUGAACCCGGGACAAUCAGCUUCGUAGGCAACCCCACUACCCACUAGGCCAAACCGGUCGUCAAAACAUACACGUAUCGCUACCAAGUCUUUAAUAUUAAUCCUUUACUGCAUGUCAUAUAUUGUUUCGUAUGCAGUAAGAUUAAUUAGUUACUUAACAGCAAGUACAAAAUGUUUGAAAAUAACAAAAUGCUAUGUGUCCGUAAUUAUCAAAUGACGAAAAUACGAACAUCAAAUGGAAUAUUUAUGGACACCUUGGGAUAAAAAGGCGGCUUAUAUAUCGCUGCAAUAUUCACAAAUAUACCUUCCCGAUGAUAAACCCCCUGUGCAUCGUAGCAAAAUGUAUUACUUAGUUAAUUAUUAAAACUUGGAAUAUAUCCACAACCUAUGUAUAUCUAUAUCCGCAACUAGCCAAAGUAAAACCGUCAAACAUCACCUAGUAACAAUUAUCCGCAAAUAGCCUGGCAAUGCAUAUUCAAAGAAAUAAAAUAUAUUAUUGACCGCGAUCAGUCACAAGUUUUGAUUUCAUGAUUAACUAAUAAUUAUUGUGAUAUUCUUUAGGCAAACAAGACUAUCCUACAGACAAGACUAUAUUUUGCUAAAACAAUAAGAAUCAACAACAAACAUUUUGAAUUAUGUUACCUCCUCCUAGCAAGAGUAAGAACUCUCACUAUAGAUGGCCGAUGCUUCUGAACCAGUUUAUUACCAGGACGCGGAGGACCUUAAGACGUUUGAUACUCUAGUGUCCGGAAUUACCUAAUGUCCGUAUUGAUCCCACUUUCCUUUAUUGAAAAUAUCAUAUUGCUACUACCCUCUAAGUUAUUUUUAUAUUAGCUUUACGCAUACUUACAUUUUUGGUACUAAGUCAAGUGUAUAAUUUAUAUAUUUCAUUUUCAUUCCAUGAAGUUCACCUACGCGUUCAAAUUAAAACGUUAGGUGUGUUUUUAGUGGAUAUGGUAAGCAGCGAAGCACUAUGGGCCAGCCAUAUUAUGGCGUUCCUGUUUUUGUAUCAUAGUACAAGUCAAUUCAUAAUUAUUAGCCCAGAAAUUUAUACAAGAAAUCUAACGCAUCUUUCUAAUGGAACUGUACUGUCAGCACCAAUAGUAGCGAAUGAAAUAACGUGCCAAAAGUAUCUGCUAGCUUCUUACUCUACUCUCCUAAACUCUACUCCUAUACCCUUCUAAAUAGAGACAUUUGCGUCCAAAAGUAUCUGUCACAGUCUAAUUGUUUGCUAAGUAAUUAAGACAAAUGGUAGAUAUUUUAAACGCGAAGUCUGAUCCGUUACUUUUGAUGCUGACUGUACCCACGUGCAAUGUAUAAUUGUAACCGCGGUCGACAAAACGACCCACUUUGAUUUGCUUGUAUCUUUAUACGAAUAACUUGACAAGGCGUCGUUAUGGCAAGCAACCAGCAAGCAAAAAAGUGGGACGUUUUGCCGGUCGCGGUCACAAUUAAUCAAAGAUUUUAAAUAAAUACUUAAUUCGUCGAGGAUAGUGCAAUACCGCGUAAGUAACAAAUGCAGUAAGGUCCAAUUACCUUGUACAUUGUUUGAAUUUCGAACUCUUUCGACUUUGUUAGUUGCGCGGUAUUGCACUAUCCCCGACGUUAUAAUCAUCCACUUACGCGCUAUGAACAGAAGUAUUUCAAUAUACAGUCCGCCGCAGACAGAGGUGACCCCCCUGCAUAAUAGACUCAUUGUAUGCAGGGGGGUCAACUCUCUCUUUGCGUCUGACUGUACGAAAAGUUAAUAGUCGUGUGUUGUUGCUGAAUUUAAAAAGCAUUUAAUAUUGUGAUGUUAUGAGAAACAUUCCUGUAUUUUUGUUUACUUAAUGGCUUUGUGCUUAACGAGAAACGUGUGUUAAUUAUUCUUUAAUAUCUGUAAGAUUUAUGUACACAGUGUCGAUUGAUUUUAACAAAUAAUUAACAAAGUGCGAUAUUAAAAAAAAUUAAACAUUU